AGCGCCCUCGACGCGCGACGCGGCCAAUGGGACGCCGCCCCCUGGGGCGGUGCUGGGCGCCGAUUGGUUGGCAGGAGCCGGGCGCUGCGCAAAAACAGCGCAGCCGAGCGCUGCCCGCUCAGAAACUGCUGGCAGAGAUCUGAGGAGCCGGGCCGGGAGCGGAGCCGGGACGGGAGCGCAGCGGCGGCAGCACACACACAGACACAGGGGCUAGACGAGAGAGCUGCAAGAGAGGAAAAAAAAUCCCCACCGCGAUCGGCACCGCCGCAAAAGCAGAGUGAUGAUGAUGAUGAUGAACGUACUCGUAGCAAUAAGAGAAGAAAAGGAAAGACCUUUGACAGACGAGAGAAAAAUCUAAAAUACUUAAAUUAAAAAAAAAAAAAGGAAAUACCAGGGACAUCGGGGAAUGAAAGUUUUGGGUAGCUAAGCUGUUCUCUGCCUUUUUUUUUAAUAUGAAAUCCUUUUGCAGGUAAUUUUUUUUUUUUUUAAUUUCGCGGUUUUCUGCCUUUUCCUUGCAUCCAAAGAGGGCAUGCCCACCGGCUGUUCCAGCAGCAUCUACCCUCCAACUCCCACCAGGAAGACAAACCGAGGACAAUCUUGAAAUACAAAAAUUUCCUCCUUGGAAUUUGCUGCUGCUGCUGCUGUCUCCGCCGCCACUGCUGCUGCCGCGGUGCAGUGCCAAGACUCUCGGAAUAAAUAAAAGAGGGCUACAGUGUGUCUCUAGCUACAGCCGGCUAAUAGCUAUUUUAGUUGGCCGUAUAUUUCGAAGAUCACAGAUGAAGUGGGGACGCCUGUCUUCUUCGUUUGGUCAGCGUGUGAAACAAUAAUCCCCGUAACAAAAAGGAGGGAGAUGGGGGAGAAAAAAAAUCCUAACAUGAAUCAGAAGAAAUAGUAUCUAGCACCCCCCCAGCCCCCCAACCAACCUCUUCCCCCCUCCCCUUCCCCCGAUCCCUCUCUCUCUCUCUCUCUCUCCACACGCUUGCAGGCGCGGACACGCGCGCGCGCGCACACGGACACACAGACGCGCGCACACACAGACACACACACACACACACACUGUACUGUGUAUUUUCGGAGGAGGAGGUGGCUUUUGGAAGAGGAGGCAGCGGUGGUGUCGGGGAGGGGGGAAUCUCUUUCCCCGUCUGGAGAUGGUUGUGCUAUUCCUCUUUGCCUUGCUCUGGAUGGUGGAGGGGGCUUUUUGCCAGCUCCAUUACACGGUGCAGGAAGAGCAGGAGCAUGGCACGUUCGUGGGGAAUAUCGCCGAGGACCUGGGCUUGGACAUUACAAAACUUUCGGCUCGGCGCUUCCAGACGGCGCCCAACUCCCGCAGCCCUUACCUGGAGCUUAACCUAGAAACCGGGGUACUCUACGUGAACGAGAAGAUUGACCGGGAGCAGAUCUGCAAGCAGAGCCCCUCCUGCCUGCUGCACCUGGAGGUCUUCCUGGAGAACCCCCUGGAGCUGUUCCGGGUGGAGAUCGAGGUGCUGGACAUCAACGACAACCCGCCCUCCUUCCCGGAGCCCGACCUGACCGUGGAGAUCUCGGAGAGCGCCACGCCGGGCACCCGCUUCCCGCUGGAGAGCGCCUUCGACCCCGACGUGGGCACCAACUCCCUGCGCACCUACGAGAUCACCCCCAACAGCUACUUCUCCCUCGACGUGCAGACGCAGGGCGACGGGAACCGCUUCGCCGAGCUGGUGCUGGACCAGCCGCUGGACCGGGAGCAGCAGGCGGUGCACCGCUACGUGCUGACGGCGGUGGACGGCGGGCAGCCCCAGCAGCGCACCGGCACCGCCCUGCUCACCGUCAGGGUGCUGGACUCCAACGACAACGUCCCCGCCUUCGAGCAGCCCGUCUACACCGUGUCGCUGCCGGAGAACUCGCCGCCGGGCACCCUGGUGCUGCAGCUCAACGCCACGGACCCCGACGAGGGGCAGAACGGCGAGAUCAUCUACUCCUUCAGCAGCCACAUCUCGGCCCGCGCCCGGGAGCUCUUCGGCAUCGCGCCGCGCACCGGGCGCCUGGAGGUGAGCGGCGAGCUGGACUACGAGGAGAGCAGCGUGUACCAGGUGUACGUGCAAGCCAAGGACCUGGGGCCCAACGCCGUGCCCGCCCACUGCAAAGUGCUGGUGCGGGUGCUGGACGCCAACGACAACGCGCCCGAGAUCAGCUUCUCCACCGUCAAGGAGGCGGUGAGCGAGGCGGCGGCGCCGGGCACCGUGGUGGCCCUCUUCAGCGUCUCGGACCGCGACUCGGAGGAGAACGGGCAGGUGCAGUGCGAGCUGCUGCAGGGCGACGCGCCCUUCCGCCUCAAGAGCUCCUUCAAGAACUACUACACCAUCGUCACCGAGGGGCCGCUGGACCGCGAGCAGCCGGGCGGCGACGCCUACACGCUCACCGUGGUGGCCCGGGACCACGGCGAGCCGCCGCUCAGCACCAGCAAGUCCAUCCAGGUGCGGGUGAGCGACGUGAACGACAACGCGCCGCGCUUCAGCCAGCCCGUGUACCAGGUGUACGUGAGCGAGAACAACGUGCCCGGCGCCUACAUCUACGCCGUCAGCGCCACCGACCGCGACCAGGGCGCCAACGCCCGCCUCGCCUAUUCCAUCCUGGAGAGCCAGAUCCAGGGCAUGUCCGUCUUCACCUACGUCUCCAUCAACUCCGAGAACGGGUUUCUCUACGCCCUCCGCUCCUUUGACUACGAGCAGCUCAAAGAGUUCAGCUUCCAGGUGGAGGCCCGCGACGCGGGCGAGGAGCCGCAGCCGCUGGCCGGCAACGCCACCGUCCACAUCAUCGUGGUGGACCAGAACGACAACGCCCCCGCCAUCGUCAGCCCCGUGCCCGGCCGCAACGGCACCCCGGCGCGGGAGGCGCUGCCCCGCGGCGCCGAGCCGGGAUACCUGGUGAGCCGGGUGGCGGCGGUGGACGCCGACGACGGCGAGAACGCCCGCCUCACCUACAGCAUCGCGCGGGGCAACGAGGCCGGGCUCUUCCGCAUGGACUGGCGCUCCGGGGAGCUGCGGACGGCCCGCAGGGUGCCGGCCAAGCGCGACCCGCAGCGCCCCUACGAGCUGGUCAUCGAGGUGCGCGACCACGGGCAGCCGCCGCUCUCCUCCACCGCCGCCGUGCAGGUGGUGCUGGUGGACGGCGCGGGCGAGCGCUCCGGCGGCGGCGGCGGCCCGGCCGCGGGCACCGGGGCGGGGGGCGGCGGCGGCGGCUCCGGCGAGCAUCGCCCCAGCCGCUCCGGGGGGGAUAACUCGCUUGACCUCACCCUCAUCCUCAUCAUCGCCCUGGGCUCCGUCUCCUUCAUCUUCCUGCUGGCCAUGAUCGUCCUGGCAGUGCGCUGCCAGAAGGAGAAGAAGCUCAAUAUCUACACCUGCCUGGCCAGCGACUGCUGCCUGGGCUGCUGCUGCUGCUGCCCCUGCUGCAGCCGGCAGGCGCGGGCCCGCAAGAAGAAGCUCAGCAAGUCGGACAUCAUGCUGGUGCAGAGCUCCAACGUGCCGAGCAACCCCGCGCAGGUGCCGGUGGAGGAGUCGGGCAGCUUCGGCUCCCACCACCACAACCAGAACUACUGCUACCAAGUCUGCCUCACCCCCGAGUCCGCCAAGACCGACCUGAUGUUCCUCAAACCCUGUAGCCCCUCUCGCAGCACCGACGCCGAGCACAACCCCUGCGGGGCCAUCGUCACCGGCUACGCCGACCAGCAGCCCGACAUCAUCUCCAACGGCAGCAUUUUGUCCAGCGAGACAAAGCAUCAGCGUGCUGAGCUCAGUUAUCUAGUUGACAGACCCCGACGAGUAAACAGUUCUGCAUUCCAGGAAGCAGACAUAGUAAGCUCUAAGGACAGUGGUCAUGGAGACAGUGAGCAAGGAGACAGUGAUCAUGAUGCCACUAAUCGAGGUCAAUCCUCUGGCAUGGAUCUCUUCUCCAAUUGCACAGAGGAAUGUAAAGCACUGGGCCACUCAGAUCGGUGCUGGAUGCCUUCCUUUGUUCCAUCCGAUGGACGCCAAGCUGCAGAUUACCGCAGCAAUCUGCACGUACCUGGCAUGGACUCCGUUCCAGACACUGAAGUGUUUGAAACACCAGAAGCCCAGCCCGGGGCAGAAAGGUCCUUCUCCACCUUUGGCAAAGAGAAGGCCCUUCACAACAGUCUGGAGAGGAAGGAGUUCGAUGGACUGCUGUCUAAUACACGAGCGCCUUACAAACCACCAUAUUUGAAACAUGGGUGGCAGCAGAGUAAUCCCCAUCCUACAUCCCCCAGCCCCAGCCCCAGCCGUGUGUCUCACCCUUUACCUGGAUGCACCACUACGAAGGCACUUGCCAUCUCUGGAUCUCAAAGUGGAUUAUAAAGAAUAGUGAUUUAAACCUUCCUGCACCUCUAGGAGAUAGCACGGAAAAGGAUAUGCUAGUCACUUCUACAGGACUUACCUGAAGCAGCAUGAUUUGCACAAAAGAAAGUCGACCAACAAAAAGCAUCAGCUUUCAACUUCAUUAUCUUGGCCAUCCAGUUCUGUGUAACUGAAGGAUUUGUGUGCUGUUGGAGACAUCCUGGCCAACAAUAGGACCUAAUUGCUCUCAGCAGGCCUGAGAAAUGAGUUGAAAUGUGUAGAACUGUAGAAACUUCAGAGGCAACUGAUCUUGCCUCUCUGAUCAGUGUGUGCCUGUUUACAGCACUAUAUAUCUUUCUCUCUCCAAAAUGUCACUGAGCCCUUUAGAUGUUUAUAUUCACCACAAAAAGCCAAUCGUACAGAUAAAAGAGAUGUGCAUUAUAAAUGCAAUAUCACUGUUUUAAACUUGACUGUUUUAUAUUAUUUUUGUGUGAUCAAGUGUUCCCCAAACUAUUCCAACUUUACAAGAGAGAUUGUGAUCAUGUUCUUUUCACCUGUGGGUCAUAAAAAUGUUGUUAAUCAGAAGACCCACAAAAUUAUCAAAGACAUUUCUGUAGUUUAUACACCGUGUUGCAAAGUGUUUACUGUACUAUUUCAAAGCUUCUAAAUAAAUAUAAUAUAUAUAUAUUAUAUUAUAUAUAAUUUUCCGAAAAACGUGGUACAACUUAGUUGAUUUUUAAAUGGAUUCAUACAGUCUACACCAUACACUGAAGCGAGAAGAUAAUUCAGGGUUCCUAAGCUAUCCUUGCUAAAAACAAAAAUAAAAUAAACCUUUAAUAGUACUUCCCCAAAAUUCGUAUUUUGGUCGAGCCUGUUUUUCUUGUUUAAAAAAAAAAAAAAAAAAGCUGUAAGCUACAACAUUUUGUCUAAAAAGUUGUAAGGAAUUUUCAAUGCCAAAGAUGCAGCUGUCAAUAUUACCCGAAUGAGCGCUAUGUACUAUCAGAGGUAUAAACCACUCUCCAUUAUUUUGAUUAUGUUUCUAUGGUUUUUAAUUUGGAAUCACAAAAUCUUUUCUAAGGCUCUAUAAAUUCACCUGUAUAUGUUGUUAAAAAGAACACUGGGUGUCUGUACAUUUUGCAAUGUAAGAUAUAAUGUAAGUGAAGUUAAGUAUUUUAAGAAAAUCAUCCCAAGCUCAUAAAUAUGUAUACAUACAUACAUAAAUACAUACACACACACACAAACACCCACACAUCUCUCUUUAACAUAGUUUUGUGAAACUAUUCAAAUAUAUUGCCUAAAAAUAUUUCUCUUGUGGCUAGGAAUAGUUGUUGAUAGAAUUCAAAUUACAAAGGCAAAGUGUAUGCCAGACUCUUUUAUCACAAAGGAGAUUUCCAAUUAGGAACAUGGCACAUUCUCAGCUGACCCCUGUCCCAUGGGAGUUAAAAUGGUGUUGGCCACCAUCUUCGUUGGGAAAAGGAUUAAGCCCUUGCAUAUAAUCUUUAUGUUCUGUAAUAAUUCUGUGGUCUGAAACAAUAUCUUAGAGCAUUUCUUUUCUAUGAAAUAUUGAAAAAAGUAAAAUUUCAAAGGUAAAGUUUAAAACUACUUUCAUGUCCAUGGAGUUUAAGUACCAUUUACUAAAUGUAAAAAUCUAGUAAAAUUUUUUUCUUUUUUUUUUUUUGUGCUGUGAUUUUUUCCCCCCACUGUACUUUAUUACAUCAAAUAAUGAAAGCAAAUGAGAGCACACUUUGUUGUCAGCCAAUGCCUAGCCAAAUUCAAAGAAAUUCCUGCUGAUGAUUCAAUAUUAAGUAAAACAAGAGCUAAUGUUUCACUCAUUGCAGUGGGAAUUGGAUCAUGCCAUUCUAUAGGAAUUCUGUUGUCCCCACCAAUGCUGCCAUGGGAUGAAUGUGUGAGAGCUUACUGCUAUGUUGUAAUAGAAUUUGGGUUUUUUAUUUUUGUUUGUUGGUUCUGGGGUUUUUUUUGUUCUUUAUCAUGACAGUUUUUAUUAGAUAGGAGUAUAUAAAUCACGUGUGAAAUGAAAACCGAUUUGCUGUGGAUCCAAGUACACCCAGGGAAUCCAACAUUCCUGAUCAAAUUCCACGAGUUCUUUGUGCAACUAGUGUACUGGGCCCUGCCAUUGUUAAUUUAAUAUUCCAAACAAAGUAAUAUGCUCAUUAAACACUUUAAUGUGCACAUCUAGCACGUUUGUAUAACGACAAAUUUUUUCAUGAGAUCCUUUUAAAAAUGUGUAUUAUACAAAACCUAAUUCAAAAAUCCCCCAAACACCUUCAAUAGCUAUUGAUUUGAGCAAAUACAACAGUGAAAUAUUCCUCCUGCUCUAGGCAGCAGACCUUUUAGUUGCCUACAGGCUUCAUUUAUUUUAUGAAGAAAAGCAAUGGAAUUUGUGACAAAUAUUUCAUUUAAAGGAGAUUGCUAGAUUCUUGUUUCUGCUUUUAAAGCAAGAAACUCCUUGCCAUUCUGAAACCUGUUUCUAAGUUUUUAAUAGAGACAUAUAUUGUAAUUUAUGGUUGUUUUUUGGUCUUUGGGAGAAAAAGGAAGUUGUUUUACUUUCCAUUUCAUGGACAGCCAAAGUGUUUCUAUUUAAUCAAACUCUCUUCACGUCUUGCAUGCCAUUUUUUUCUGAAAAAAUUAUUAAGUAUAUCAUGUCCUGUCAGUCAUUUCCAAAACUGUACUCUUUACAUCAAGUAUGUUAUACAUACGGAUAUAUUAAUCUUUUUUAUUCUUUUUUAAUGUUCAAUACCAUUGGCAUUGGUCUGUAUAUACACAGAAAUCCUUCUGAGUUCACUGGGAGAGUCCCUGAAGGAGUCGUGGUAGGAUGCAGAAGUGUCAAGGAAAAGGAAGAAUUUAAGUACUACCUGGGCCCUCAGGAUGAAGCUGUAGCUUCUGCUGAUUUCCCUUGCUCACUGUGAGUUUUGGUGCACUAACAUUUGCUGGCACAAGCCUUGGGACACAUUAAAUCCCAGUACAUAGCUGCUGUCCCAAGAGAAGGGCAAACUGGGCAGUGCAGAGGCUCAAUUUGUCCCGUUUCUUUGUUUUAGUGGGCAGCUGGCCACCACCCUUUGAAAUUGCCUUGUUCAGCAUCUCCCACAUAUUCCAUCACACUGCUGGGUGCAGGGACAGGUCUGUAAAUGCCUUCAGACCUCUCUCAGUGUGUGUGCCUCUUCCUCUGAGCACAGGUGAUACAACUAUUGAAGGACUCUCAUCUGCAUAUUGGACCCAACAGUGAACUGAAAGUAAUCAGGAAAUGUUUAGGUUGGAUAUUAAGGGGAAAGACUGAUGCCCAUAAAACUGAGAUGAGGAAGGUUUUGGAAUCUCCUUCACUGUAGGUUUUCAAGGAGAGUGCAAAAAAACACCUGUAAGGGAUGAUAUAAGUGUACUUAAACUUGCCUCAGAGAAAAAGCACAGGGAAGGCUCUCAGUCCUGUUGUUCUGUAAUGUUCCUAGUGGGGCAUGCUGAGCUUUGGAGGAGUUAAUCUGUGCACAGCUGUAGGGAUAAAAAUGUUCUAUCCUUCAAUUAGUUAUUUGAAGCAAUAUUUAAUGUUUCAAUUUGCCAUUCUUCCAAUUUGCCAUUUAUGAGCAUAAUAGAACAAGCUGCCUGUGAGAAUAACUGUCUUUGGAGUAAAUUAGAGUUCAAGCAGAGAAGACCGGGUCUUAUAAAAGAUAAUACAGAAUCAGGUCUAUGAAUAUUUUUUUUCUUUUUUAAACUCCUGAUUUAGAUUUGUAGCAAUAGAUUUCUAAGCAGCUUGCCUAUUAAAAUUCUUCAAAAUCAGACACAAGUUUCUUCCAAAACAGAAAUACUAAAACAUUUCACUACUUGAAAUAGAAUUCCAAUUUUUUAGAGCAAGUUUUUGCUAUCAUGCCUAUUUAGGGAAGGUAUUUCCAUGAACAUAUUCUUAAAUUACUGGAACAAGGUGUAGUAAUUUUUCAUUAGUGUUGUUGCAAAAGAAGUUGAAAUGAAAAUACAGAGAUAAAUACAAUUUGUAAAGAUUCCUGCAUUAUAGCCUCUAUAUAGUUGUGGGGGAGAUACAUGUGUGUGUGUGUGCGUGUGUGUGUGUGUGUAACUAUAGUUCAAAUUCUGGGAAGUUGCCAUGGGAUUUUUUUUACAGCUCCUAUCAGUAAAAAUGUAAAAAAAAGGGUAGAAACACAUGUUAGGGUACUAAAAAACUAGACUUGUUCCUUAGUGUAGAAUGGAGUUUUGCAUUCAAGAAUUAAAUUCAGCCCCUUCUUCAUAUGUUAUACCCACAAUCAAGCACACAACUCUUUUUUUUUUUUUUUUUUACUUCCAAAAUGUUACCUGCUCCUAGAAGGAUUUUUUCUUUUCAUUCUUUUCAUUCUUUUCAUUCUUUUUUAAAGUAAUAUCAUUCCUCAGGGUAAAAGGUGGAUAAAUAGAUAGUCUUCCUAGGCUGGUAAAUUGCAAUUGCAAUUUUGCAAGGCUGUUAAAUAUUUGUAUGUCUUACCUGGAGAAAGUCGAUCGUAACCUGCCACUGUUCCAGGUUCUAGUCUUGAGUUUUAUGGCAUUUUGCCUUGUGAAUUAAAACCUAUAUAAAGGAUUAGGGGCCAAAAGAAGCAUCUUUGAUAUACAUUUCGUUAUUGCAAUUUGAUUGCAAAAAAAUGGCAGCAGCUGUCUAUAAAGGGUAGAAAGUUGUUCAUUCUAUUCUGUUUGCAGUAAUGUAAAAGACAGCCCAGUAGGACUUUAUAAUAAUAUUGUGCUAUGACAAAAUUUUGAAACUGUGAGUCAAAUCCUUUGCACUGAUCCCUACAAUCAUAGAUCAAAUUCUUCUUAAAGAGCUCCUUCAUUUUGUUUUGUCUCUAAGAAAUGGAUAUAUAUAUAUAUAUAUAUAUAUAAACAAAUAUACACAGCCAUUACAAUCCAUUGUUGAGCAUCUGUGUUUUUGUAGAUAUCCUCAUAUGUAAGAAAUAAGCAAGAACUAACUUGGACAGAUUUCUUGAACUGAAAUUGUUUUUGAAUUUGAAUUUGUUAAUAAAGUUCAUGAUAUUGACAGACAUCAAGAAAAAUGAAA